AAAUCGGUGGCGUUUGACAAGCUGCAGCGCUCACUUGCGGUGAUACCGAAGGUCACUUCGUCUCAGCACAUUGGCCUGUCAACGGCAAUACAGAUUUGUUCUGUAACUAUUUUAUAACGCAAUGGACAAUUUUGAUAAUUUCAGUGCGUCGGAGAAAGCAGAGGCGACGGAGCUCCAACGUAUGAUUGCGAUAGAACAACAGAAAGCGCAGUUCCAGGCCCAGGUACACACUUUCACUGACGUCUGCUGGGACAAGUGUGUGGAAAGUCCGGGCUCAAAGCUGGACUCCCGGACAGAGACGUGCCUGGUGAGCUGUGUGGAGCGAUUCAUCGACACCACCCUGACCAUCACCAACCGCUUCACGCAGAUGGUGCAGAAGGGAGCUCAUUAAUACUGGGCUAAAGAUGCCAACCGGACUGUGUGAUGACAUGAAUAAAAUAUUUAGUAUUCCAAACAUGGUGAUGGAAGAUUAUGUGAAGAGGACAUGUGUAUGUUUUUUACUGUUUAUGCUUUCGACGGGUGGAGGGGGAACUCUGCUUGGCUGUAGCUGCAAGAUGUACCUGUUUGAAUUGAGAGAUAAUGUUCUGUGACAUUAGUAAAGUGACACAUUGUGCUCAUGUUCACCAUCCUGUCUGUGAUCCUUCAUGUUCAUAACACAAUGGGAAGUGAAGCAGGGAAAGAAGGUCGUGGUGGCUGCUGGUGAGCAGAGUCCCUCGCCACUGUUUCAACACAUCUGGGUUCAGGGACACGUUUGAAUUUGUCACUUUGAGUAGAAAACAUCACAGGGUGGAGAAAGCAUUAAAGAUGAUCUAAUGAGAUUUUUUAUUUUCAGAAAUGGACAACCAGAACAACUUUGUUUUCAUAUAAAUGUUUAUGAAGUGAUAAAUAAAUGCAAACAUCAAGACA